ACCGCCAUGCCCUUCAACUUGCCUUUUACUCUGCCUCUCUCCAACCAAUCUUCGGUUUCUUCGCCGUGCUCUUCGAUUGUAUUUUAUUCUUCUACUCUCUGUCUCUCUCUCUGUUUUUUCUUCACAUCGUCAAGCAACCAUGGAGGCAAGGCUGUUGAGGCUUCCUUAUCUUGCAAUAUCCAACCCUGCCAGAUUGAAAUCUUCAAAACCCAGUUGUCCAUUUGGGCAACAAAACAGGAUUCAAUCGACUCUCUGUCCAGGGUUCCUUUCUUCUAAUUUGUCAAAGCCCACCAUCGAAUCGGUUCAGGCCUCUGCAUUGUCCGUUGGGUACACAUUGCCAAAGAAAGAAAGGACCGAUGAAACUGACAGCUACACUCUAGAGGGCAUAAGAAAUUCCUUAAUUCGACAAGAGGAUAGCAUCAUUUUCAGCCUCUUGGAAAGGGCUCAAUACUGUCUCAAUGCCGAUGCUUAUGAGCACAAUGGCUUCCUCAUCAAUGGCUUCCACGGCUCCUUGGUCGACUUCAUUGUCAAAGAAACGGAAAAGCUUCAAGCCCGGGUUGGGAGAUACAAAAGUCCUGACGAGCAUCCAUUCUUCCCGGAUGACUUACCCGACCCAAUCCUGCCAAGCCUACAAUACCCUCAGGUACUUCAUCCCAUAGCCGAUGCAAUCAAUAUAAACAGCAAGAUUUGGGUUACGUAUUUCAGGGAUCUUCUUCCAAGGCUAGUGAAGGAAGGAAGUGAUGGCAACUGUGGAUCUGUCGCAGUUUGUGACACGAUUUGCUUGCAGGCUCUCUCAAAGAGAAUACACUACGGCAAAUUUGUCGCGGAGGCCAAGUUUCGAGCUUCUCCUGAUUCAUACGAACCUGCCAUUAGAGCACAAGACAGGGCGGGGCUGAUGGAUUUGCUGACUUAUCCGGCAGUGGAAGAGGAGGUGAAGAGGAGAGUGGAGGCCAAAGCCAAGACUUACGGGCAAGAGGUGAGUGGAGACAGGGAGGAAGAGGGAGGAGAGCCGGUUUGCAAAAUAAAACCGAGCUUGGUUGGUGAUGUGUAUGGGGACUGGAUCAUGCCCUUGACGAAGGAGGUUCAAAUUGAGUAUCUGUUGAGAAGGCUUGAUUGAAUGAAGUCGCCUUGCCUGCCUGCCUGCUACACAGAGGCCAGUGUUGAAGAUUGAAACUCUGUUACAUUACCAUAUCACAGAUGAACUUCCCAAGUCCCAUAGGCCAAUGCCAACGUACAUUAAAAAAAUAAUUACGUGUGUGUAUUAUUUAUCUAUUAACAUCUCAUAUUAUUAUUAUUGAUAUUUGAACUCAAAAUAUAUUAAGGAUAUUGUUUUCAUUUUAAAGUUUAUUUUUUGCAA